AUGAUGGACUGCGCAAAUCACAGGCUUUCACAUGCAACCUUGCGCCUGCGCAUAUUUCGCCAGAUAUAUACCUCAAAUACAGGAUCACGGUUUCUGAGCCGUUCAAUCUCAACCUCACCCGCGCAGCUCAGUCAAGCUCACGAUAAAGCUUCAUUCCCGACUCCACCAGCACCCAGCAGCUCAACCAAAGACUACAUCCCUCUCUCCCAAAGCCUACCACAAUCUCCCGUGAUCACACACCCCCGCUCCGGAAUCAAGAAAGUCCACAAACCACGCUCAGAACCCGAGGAUAUUGCCGAACUCAAGAAGAACCCAUGGGCCGCCGCGCUUGCGUCGCCGGUGCGCUUCUGCGUCACGACAGGAACACGAUUACCACGCCGUCUGAUGGGCGUUUAUGGACUGAUAAAACGACCUGAUACAAACCACAGCUAUAUGUUGCCUUUGGAUCUUCUCAGAGACUCGAUUCAACACCGCCCGGCCGAGAGCAAUAACGAGAGCGAGUCUCCGACGCCAGAAUCCGAAACAAGUGCCGAUACCGACGCGGCGCCUAGCGGGAAUGUUCCCCCUCCGAUACCUCGUGGCAGGCAAUACAGCCCUUCUCUUCACAUGGUUACCCUCCGCCCUCUUAUGGAGGCAGUGACGCCUCAUCUCUCAGGCAAAGGCAAGAGGUCAGGCGUUUCCAAGUUGAUUCCGUACCGGUGGAAAGCGCCAGUCGGGCCUCUCAAUGGCAAUGAUUUGAGGGAUUGCGUGUGGAGACCCGAUAUGGCGGAUUACCUCCUGCGACAGAUGAGGAAAGAUAUCGUUAAGAGGCUGGUUAAUUUCAGUAAGCAACUCGAGAAGGACCAGGACAUUGUAUGGAAAGCUUUGGAUAUCGAUGAAUAUUCGGAUUCUGCUCUCGGUGCCGCACUUGGCGGUAUGGGGCCGGUAGAACAUGAGGCGAACGGCGCAAUCCUCCUUUUUGGUCCGAAACCCGAACAUGAGGCCGAGUCGGGCCCUGUCCCAACGACUGUCAUUCAUCCUCGAACCCAAACUACGAUCCCAGUCUUUGACUUGUCAGUGCUUCUUUCCGCGAAUGAGCUUGAGACGAUGCGUGCGAGUCCAAAUUCACAUUUGGAAAGCGAGGCUUUGUUUUUCAGACCCAAUGAUGGCCGUGAAAAUACAAACUUGAUGCUAUAUUUGUGGAAACUGCAGCGCUACGUUGCCGAGAAUGCUUAA